AAAAAACUAAGAAGGGAACAAAUUGGACACGCAUGUUGGGACGUGAUGUAUUUGUACAAUGAUAUAAUAGAAGAAAGUGAAGUGAAGGAAAGGGUGGGAGGGAGUGCUACUGAUACUGAACUUGAAAUGGAGGAGAAGAAGCUCAAACUGUAUUCGUACUGGAUAAGCUCCUGUUCCUUCCGAGUCCGAUUUGCUCUCAACCUCAAAGGACUACCUUACGAUUACCUAGCAGUCACUUCAUUUUCUGACCCUGAGUUUCUUAAGCUCAACCCCAUUGGAUUUGUUCCCGUGCUUGUCGAUGGAGAUUCAGUAAUUGUUGACUCUCUUGCCAUUAUUAUGUCUCACAUCCAGUAUUUGGAAGAUAAGUAUCCUGACCCUCCUCUGCUUCCUCGUGAUAUUCACCAAAGAGCCAUCAAUUUCCAAGCUGCCACUAUUGUUUCCUCAUCUAUACAGCCUUUUCAAAAUUAUACUGUAGUGAAGUACAUAGAGGAAAAAGUUGGCACUGAUGAAAAACUUCCUUGGACCCAAAGUGUAAUUGGAAAAGGCUUUAUGGCACUCGAAAAAUUGUUGAAAGACCAUGCUAGGAGAUAUGCAACUGGAGAUGAAAUUUUACUGGCAGAUUUGUUUUUAGCACCUCAGUUAGAUACAGCAAUUAAGAGAUUCAACGUUGACAUGAAGGAAUUCCCUACUCUAUCAAGAUUACACGAGACAUAUAAUGAAAUGGCAGCAUUUCGGAAGGCUUUGCCAGAGAACCAGCCAGAUGCAGUACAUUAGUUGAACCUAUAAUUUGGGAGUGAAAUGUGACCUGAUAUUAGGUUGGAACUAUUGUAGCAGGAGCGACUGAUUGGCCAUCAUUAGUAACUCUUGCAAUAAGGUUGCUAGGUACACCAUCAUGGACCGUGGAUAAUAGACUAAUAGUGAUUUGGUUUGUAUAACUAAAAAGCUCGUGAUUCUUUAUUUUCCGUCUCAUAUUGCUGCUAUUAUACCUUGAUGCAUGCUUCUUAAUGGUCACAUGUUUCUUUGAUGGUUUCUUUUA